CUCGAUUUUGAGCGUCUAUGAGGAGAAGCACCUGGACAUGGUGAUGAGGGCGCCUUGUCUUGCCGACGAGAUCGCGCUGGCCUGCACAGAUCGAGCCAACUCUUCUACCUCUACCUCUCGCUCCUACAGUUCCAGCUCUCGAAAGACAGGGUUGGCUGUCUCUCGCGUCGUGCUCGCCCUCCUCCUCGUCGCCGUUUCCUCUACAACAGUUCACGCGCUCUUUGACCCCGGCGAGAGCACACAGCCACCUGAUGCUAAAGUAGCAGCCUCACAAGAAGGCAAGAAGCCAAGGUCGUCGGCAAUCAAGGUCUCGGAACAUAAGUCCGCCGAUACCUCCUUGGCCCUCAACCCAGUCUCUUUGCAUCCAGGCUGCCGGAGAACAACGGACCUAUUUGCCAACGUGUGCCAGAGUCCCUGGUCGUCAUGGUCUCAGCCUCGUCUUACAUCCUCUCUCGUCGUCUGUCCGCUGCCAGAAGCCGAGCCCCUGCUCAAGGACGACGGUGACGAAGAGCGUCCGCGAGAACGUGUAUAUGCGAUUUCAGGAACGAUUACUUUGCCAGACGAUGCUGGUUUCGAAGUCGUGACCCAGGGCCUGCAGCAAAAGACGAUCGGCGAGGACGGAGAGGGCGCUCCGUGGCCAAAGCCUGGCGAUGAAGGUUUCUGGAGGCAGCGUGGCGGCAACCUCGAAUGGGUUCCGGCAGCACCCGACCCACAACCCCCAAGGCGCGAACCUGUCGAUCCCUCGCCUUCUUCAUCGCCCGUUUCUCCACCUUCCUCAUCAUCUGAGGCGGCACAGGCCAAAGAGUACGAUGCUUGGAGUGCAAGCAUCGGAGGCGAGGAUUCCGAAUUAUGGCUGAGAUUUGACCAGUGGAAAGACAACUACCUGGCACAACAGAAGGAGAGGGAAAAGGAAGAGCAUGACAAACAGCGCGCUGCGGGCCGAAAGGCAAAAGAUCGGGCAAAGGCUUCCAACUCAACGGAGAAUGCGACGCAAACCACCGAUAGCACGGUCAUCGAGACGCCUGUCCCGGUCGACGACUUGCCCUCAAGCGCACGGAUCGACUUCAACCGAUCGGCUGAUGUCUCCCACGUCGGAAGCGUGACUGUGCAGGAGCAAUCAGCCUCAUCGCCACUCCCCACCGUAACAUCAGCCGAGGGAGAAAAACACGAUGACCAUGACAUGCUUGCAACGGCCGUUUUGGGAUCGCAGCACUCUGCAGCUGCUGCCUCCGCGGCAGCCGCCGCCGAGACAGGAGGCUCCAUACCUGCUAUGGGCGAUGCAGCCAGUGAGCUCGUCAAUCUCAAGCAUCGAUUCAAUUUCGCCUCAUUCGAUUGCGCCGCCGCUGUGCAUCGCUCAAAUCCAUCUGCCAAGUUCGCCUCGUCGAUUUUGUCAGAGAAAAAGGACAGAUACAUGCUUAGUCCCUGUCCGACGGACAGCAAAGAAGGCCAAUUUGUCAUCGUCGAGCUUUGUGACGAGAUCAUGGUCGACACGCUCGUUCUUGCCAACUACGAAUUCUUCAGCCGCAUGUUCAAGCGCUUCCGUGUCCGAGUUGCCCGCAGUCUGCAAGGCCGAGAAGACGAAUGGUACGACAUUGGCACGUUUCGAGCGAGGAACAUGCGAGGGCUGCAAGUCUUCAAGACUGUUAACCCAAAGGCAGACUCUCGCUUCUUCCGCUAUGUUCGCAUCGACUUCCUCGAACACUAUGGGUCCGAGUACUACUGCCCUGUGAGCCUGCUUCGUGUCUAUGGCCUAACGCAGAUGGACGACUAUAUCCGUGAGGAAGAGGAGAUGCGCCAGCAGGUAGAACGGGAGAAGAUGCUCCUUGCAGGCGAGCUGGAGGAGGACGAGGAAGAAGAGAACGAUCAAUUGUCUAUCUCUCCUGAACUCACGGGAGAAGGACAGAAGACAGCAGAGACAUCUGCCGAGUCUAUGAUGCCUGGCGAUGAACCUGAGCCGUCGCCUUCGCCCACAGCGGUUCGUGAAGAAUCACCGCACAGUACGAGCCCUACUGUGACGACACACUCUGCUAGCACUGCCAGCUCCAGAUUAUCCGACACAAAUUCGCAGAAUGAAGAGAAGGUGCUGCGUUCAUCAUCUCUUAGUGACGUCUACAAGACCUCCAGUCCCAGUGCAGAACACCCAGCUUCGACUUCGCUGAAUCAUGCUUCUACGCCUACUUCUGGACGCAUCGACGAUAAACCAGACAUCAUUCAGACGGCUUCGGUUGUAAGCGACAGCGAACCGGCCUCCAGCUCGACAAUGCAAGCUCUAAAUGCCACCUCUACAGAUGCGCCGGUGAACACGCAUGUCACCAAUGACACAAUCGAUCAGCCAAGUGUCGCACCCUCGGCUUCGGUCCCGUCUGACAACAGCUCUGUCGCAAUGUCUUCUUCUUCCUACCAUUCACCUCCUCCAGUAGAGACUAAUGGUCGACCGUCUCCAGCCAGCGGCAGCGGCAGCGGUGGUGGAGGGGGCAGUGAGUCUAUCUAUCGCACCAUCACCAAACGGCUCAACGCACUCGAGACCAAUGCAACCUUGAGUGUCCAAUACAUGGAGCACAGCCGCCAGAUGCUGCGUGACGUCUUUGCGAGGAUGGAAAAGCGGCAAGAGGACAGGAUGGCGGAGAUGCUCCGGGCGCUCAACGAGAGCAACUGGAGGCAGAUCGAUAAUCUCAAGAGAAGGCAACAAGUCGACUUGCAGCAGGCCAUCUUCGAGUUUGAUCUACACAGGCAGCAAACGGACGCGGAGAGGAGCGCUCUCCUUGCCCAAGUUCACAUUUUGUCCAAUGAGGUCAUGCUGGAAAAGAGGUAUGGAAUGGCCCAACUGGUACUCUUGCUCGGUCUUUUCGUUUUCAUGGCCUUGACGAGAGGCUCGCGCGCCGCUCCCAUGCUGCACUCGAGCUUGUCUCGACUCAGUGGUGCCGCGACGCCCAAGCUUCGCCGCAAUCGCUCCCCUGCCAACAUUGAUGACCGCCUUGGCAUGCGUCAAGAUGCUGCGAAUCAAACUUCAGCUUCGCAACUCUCAACUGCGAGAAUCCCAGACACGGCUUCUAGGAGGGCGGAAAAAGCCCAGCGAGAGGCCGACGCGGCAAAGAGGAGCCGAUCGAGAAGUCACCAGCAUCGGGCCUCGUCAAGGCGAGACAAGCGCGUCGUCAUGGCUCCCGUCAGUGGCCAUCAGCGGUCUUCCAGCAACGGUACAAACCGAAGGAAAAGUGUGACGGACGCUCUCAACAAGGCCGGCCCGAUGUCGCCACUGACCGACAAGGAGAAUGUUAAGCCCGCAUUGCCGCGCAUCUCAAUCGAAAAGGCGUACAAAGCUAAUGGGUCGAGGCCGGACUACAGUGACAUGACGGACGAGGAGCUGCGAGCUUGGCUGAGGCUCUCCUCGCCUGUGAGCGCCGGUAUUGAUGAGAGGUUCGGCCUCUUGAAUUCCCCAACCGUUUCGGCGGCCGCGCUUUCCCCAAAGCAGGAAGAGAGACUCCCCUUGUCGACCGGAUCUGCCAUUGCCGACGACAGCUUUUCGUCUGACUGGGGCACAGAGCGUUCGUCGGAAGGAGAGCCCGACGAGAGCAUUGGACAUGAGGCCGUAGUCUCACCUCCCCUGACGCCAGUGAGGGGCAGUAAAAUGUCGUAUGACGCCUACGAGUCGGACGCAGAAGAGGAUGCACCAACAUGGCAGCAAUAUUCAAAGACGAAAUCGAGAAACUAUCACCAUCUCGGACACAACGGCGGCAAGAUGAGGAGACCCACGAGUAGCGGGAGCGCGACCGGAAGCAUAAAGAGCUUGGAAAGCGCCAAUGGAGGUUCCAGGACUCCACAGCGGUUGGCCUCGCCUCUGGGGCGAUGAUGCUGCAGCUGCAGCUGCUGCCACUGUAUUUGUACUCAGUAUCAUAAAGCGAU